UAGGUUCGCGUGAGGGUGCUGGUGAAGAGAGGCAACAAGCAGCAAACAAAGCAGAUGUACAUCCCCCGCGACUGCUCGCUUGUGCAGAGCACAAAGCAGAAAGAGGCUGCAGAACUGGAAGAGAAGCAGAACAUCAAGAGGCUCAACUUGGAAUAUAACGACAGGGAGGAAGAGGAGUUCAAUGGUUCCGGGACACAGCCUAUGAAUUGGAUGCAGGCAGGGGCAGGCAGGCCAGCACAUGGGACGGAUCCGGGAGGGGUGGCGGCAUGCGGCAGCGGCACCACUCAUCUGGCGGACUGUAUGGCAGACGAAAGUAGAGGAAUGAGUGUAUCUGGAAAGACGUGACUUUGUAUCA